AUGGAGCAAAUAAUACAGUUAGAAUCUCCAAAUGAGUAUCGUCUACUUGGUCCAAUCGUCAAGUUACCAGCGGCGUUAGAAAUACUACAAACCAGUUCGUUUGACUCGCGUGUGAUGACAGCUUUCACAGUGGGCAGCUCAAAUCGAACUUUAAAGAUGUUGACAGAAGAUGUUUUGGAAGAAUUAAAAUCAUGUAUUUGCACAAAUAGAUUUCGUUUACCAGCAACUGUUAGUCGAGGGUCAGUUUACACUUGGUGGGAGUCAGUAUUCACCCAGCAUAUGCUAGCAAUCUUCAAUCGUGUUAAUGUUGUAAAUACUAAUCGUGAAUCCGAUAGAUUAGACCAACUAGCCAAGUUUGGUAUAAGAAUUAAAGGGUUUUCUCAUAUUGUUCAAGAAAUCAUCAAUAAUUUACGACCUGAAAAUCUUAAUAAAGCUUCCAGAGUAGCUCAACAACUAUUAGAUAAUGAUAUACGUCAUAUUUAUGAGAAUUUUGCAAACUCUAUGCUAAGUGAAUCAGCAAUAAAAUUGCAUCGAACUAAGAAACCUGUUAGUGUGUUGAAACAUUUAGCUCAGUGUGCUACACAACUGCACACUGAACUGCAAGAUUGGGCCAAGGAGAAAAAUCUAGUAUGGCCUGAAGGGCAUUUAGAUUCAUUAUUGGUUUUUGGACAGUAUAUGGAGCGGAUUGCUGCUACUGGGCCUUUUCGCACACUAAUCCAUUUACUUAUACUAAUUUUCAAUACGGAAUCAAUGGAUAUUAAGAAAUUAUUGACUAAUGUUAUAUCAUCAGUUCGCAAAUCGGAUAGAGUACUGCAAUCAUCAUCUACUGUGGGAAACGAGACAACGGAAUUGAUUGAUUUAACAACUAAUUCAGAUAGUGAACAAGAUGAAUUUAGUGAAAUUACAACUGAAAUUGACGAUACCAUUGCAAAUAAAUAUCCCAAACUCACUGAGAUUGUAAAUAGAUUUAAUCAACUCUUAAGCCAAGAAGUUGAGAAUCAUGAACAACCCUCACAAAGUUUGUGGUUAUCACUUGCAUCACUGGAGAGAGAAGUUUUACAGCCAUUAGAAGGAGAAAACUACAACACCACGACUAGCAACAGUAGUCAUUCACGAUCUCUGUUAAGUUAUCUUGCGGAAGCUAUAAAUGAAGACGAAAGUAGUGUAAUUCCUCUUCCACUCAGUAUGGCAACCAGUUUUAAACAAGAAAAGUCACAUGAUAGUGAAAAAGUCGACACUUCACCAGAAGAGUUUUCGUCUACAUCAGAAGAUAUGGAUCCUUCACUAGUAUUUGACUUUAUACAAAAAUUAACUUGUAUCUCUUCAAGGAGUAAAGAAGAAUUGUGUAAACUUGUCUGUGAUAAUUUGAAUAUUGUACAUUCAUCAAAAUUAGAUCAGUUCAUUGAUUCUAUCUUAUCUCAACUUACUGAUAGUAAUGAAGUGAAUAGGAUGAAACCAUUAGUGUAUCACCAUUCUGUUAAUCUCCCAGGUAUUUUAAGUAUUGAAGAAAUUCAACAAUCUAUUGGUUCAAAGGCAUCUGAUAUUGUUUCACGUUUACUUACUCAACGUGAAUGUGUGCUGAAUUUUCUGUCGGCUUGUCCAUCUCUAAUGGAUUUAGAGGUAUGGUCACAAUGGUAUCAAGAUGGUUUAUUCUAUGAUCGUUGGGGUAGUUUAGAUACAUUUCUUGUCGAAGCUGGAAGUGAUCAAGUAUGUGGUCAAUUCAAUUUAAUCGCUAUUCGUAUCCUUCCAAUUGGCGGUGGUCCUCUUCUACGAUUAACUGCACAUCCUUCAAUGAAUGAUUUGACAGAUGCACUGGUUAAUUGGCAAUUCAAUCAUGCCUCGUAUACAAUUCGUUCAAUUGGUGAUUAUUUAAUUGGUACAGCUAUUAGAAUUAAUCAGUUGACAAUUGAACAAGUGUGUUCAACGCUUAAAAAUCAAUUCAUCAACAACAAGAAUCGAGAUGGUGCCAAUGAUGCAUGGAUUUAUUUUGUGUACAGUUUGUUAAUGAAUCUACCGUUUAGUUUGUUCGGUUUAGUGUUUUCGUCGAUUAUUAUUCCCAGUUUGGAGUUAGCCGGAAUAAGAAGCUCAACUUCAUGGCCAUUAGAUAUCCCUGAUAUAACGCUAAAAAAUUCCAGUGUUAGUUAUAGUUUCCUGCAUAUUCUAUUCCAUGAUGAUGAUGAUGGUGAUAAUGCUAUUCUUCCAUUAUAUAAAUGUCUCAAUGAUAAUAACAAUAAUAAUUCAACAGAUUCUCAGCCUAAUCGAAAUUAUUUAAUCUCAGCUAUCGGUAGUAUCGGCUAUCAAUUGAAAUGGCCGGUGUAUAUUAAAUUUUUUGAAGAAAAUCGUUUCAAGCCAAUUGAUAAUAAUGAUAAUAAUAAAAUGCAUAAUAUUGAGACGUCUUCACAACCGGUGACAAUCACUGUUUAUCCAUCACCCAUGCAGCAGACGGAGAGUAUUUCUCAAAAGGAAACCGUUGAUAACAGUAAUAACAAUGCGACUGAUCGUGAAAGUUGUUUAAAAUUAACAGAAAUGAAUAAAGAAAAUUCCAGCGAUAUAACUGAUGCAGUGCAUAAUUGUUCCGAUAUGGAUAUUUCAAUGCCUGCAGUUGAAACUAGUAGUGAACAUGUCGGCCAACACACCGUCAUCGUGGCUAAUGAUUCUGAGGAUACUACUUCUAAUCGUUAUCAGUUUAUUGAAGAGAUUAGACGUCGUGAAUUUGGAUUGGGUGUAGAAUUAAGUCAAGAAGCAUCUGAUUUAGUUCAGAGAGUUGAAGGUAAAUUAUCCCGAUCUCUAGUUCAAUUAUCCGAAGAACUCUACGGCUUACCAGGACACUUUUUACUGGAACUUAUUCAAAAUGCUGAUGAUAAUUCUUAUACUGGUGAUGAGAUGCCACCAACACUGGAAUUUCAUUUAUCCAAUAUACAAAAGCCAUUGGCGUCAAAUGACAACAAUAACAAUAAUGCAUGUAAAACAUCUUGUCUCCUUGUUAUGAAUAAUGAAGCUAUUGGAUUUAGUGAAUAUGAUAUGUCUGCACUAUGCGAUGUUGGCUUGAGUACAAAAGUAACUCAACGUGAAUUAAAAAUUGGCCGUAAAGGGAUCGGUUUUAAAUCAGUCUUCAAUGUCACCAAUGCACCAGAAAUUCAUUCCAAUGGAUUUCAUGUUCGUUUUCAUAGACAGUCGAAGGUGAAUCAGUCUAACACUACCACCACCACAGCUGGACAAGCCCCGUCAUUGAUACUAAUUCCUGAAUGGUGUGAAAACUUCGCGUCAUCGUCUCAAGAGAAUUCGCCAGUUCCAUCAUGGUGUAAGACAUUGUUUGUUCUACCACUAACAUUUGAUAAUAAUAAUCAUCAUCGUUUAAUUGGCCAAUCGUCUACACUUCAAAUGAUUCAGCUAGUUCAGACUACCCUACAUCCUAGUCUAAUGCUGUUUCUUCGACGUUUACAAUGUCUUACCUUUUCUUCUGAAGAGCCAAAUAUAUACUGGAGUUUAAAACGGACUACAAGCACACUGUCUACAUUUAUGUCAGGCAAAAUAAAGUGCUUUGCUGAAGUGAUUACAGUUGAAGAGACUCAACGUAAUACAUCAUCGAGUGUUGAUAAUACUGCUACUACUACUACUACUAAUAGUAAAGUGCUACUGCAUAAAUGGUUUGCUUUCAGGCAAUUAAUUCCUGUUGAUAUCAAAGAUAUGAGAAAGAAUCUUCCAUCACAGACAGAAAUUUCAGUAGCUAUAUCCCUGAGUGAUUCAGAACCAUUGCCAACUUGUCCAAUUUUCUCCUACUUACCAGUACGCAGUGUUGGAUUUCGAUUCUAUAUUAAUGCUGAUUUCGAUUUAACAUCAUCACGUGAAGAUGUGGAUUCCACCAGUGCUUGGAAUCGUUGGCUUGUUGGUAAAAUACCCAAUGUAUUCUCUGAUAUGAUUCAGUGUAUUGAAAAGUUACCACCAUCAUGUUUCAAGCAGAAUGUUAGCGACAACCAGCAAUCCGAAUCGCCUGAAUCCAAUUCUCAGUUAGGAUACACACGUAUUGAGUUAAUUGCCCGUAUCAUCUCAUGUCUACCGUAUGAUUUAUUAUCGUCUUCAUCUUCGACACUGACGUUGACAACUGGUGCUAGUAGUCGUUCUACAACAACAGCGGCAACAUCAACAAUAACAAACGAUAAUGUCUUCUUUGGUUUACCGAGUCAAUUACGCUGUAAAUUAUCAACUAUUCCUUGGUUACCAGGUAUUCGACGAACUGAUCAAUCGGUUGCAGACAAUGAGAAACUUGAAUAUGUCACUGCAUCUCGCCUGUUAGUUUUGCCUGCGACUUCAUCGUCAUCAUCAUCCUACUCACGAUUGGAUAAGGAGAAUAAACAGCCUAAAGGAAAUAUUGAGGCUGUAAAUUCUUCAUGCAAUCCGGAUAUACUACUUAUCCGCCUUCUUGUGAACUGUCUACAGAUGUUUGAACCUCAUGAAGACUUAUUUAUGCAUAGAAAAGUGUAUAAACGCAAUAAGACGUCAACUACCACGGUUGAUAAUGACGACAUUAACACCGUUGGCGAUGAUAUCGUUGUUGUUCAUGACAAUGAUAAUGAAGAUGAUGACAGUGAUGUUGACAAUAGUAUGGAUGAUAAAUGGCAGUCGAAUUAUCAUCUAAUCAAUCGAAUCCGAGUGGAAUCAUUAAAUUGGCUUGGUACCCAGUCACUUUCAAUUACUUCACUAUUGGAUUUAGCUACAAUUUUAAAACCCGAGGAUGUUAAUCGUCCCGGUCUGUUAUCAGUACUCAUAUCAAGUUUUGAGGCAUGUCUGUCUGCUCAUAAUACGUCCACAUCAUCAUCAUCAUCAUCAUCGUCAGGAGCAUUAUCGAAGCCAUCAGCUAUGGUAGCUAGACGUCGUCUACUGACAGCCCUACAACACUUGCCUAUAUUUCCUUUAACUAAUGAACAGUGUAUUCGAUUAAACGAUAAGCAAGCGCAUUCAUGGGCUGAUAUUCAUCCGGCUGUCUUGUUACCACCUCAUCCAUCUGAGCUUAAUUCUGUAUUAAUUGGAAUUACAUAUGAUGAAUAUAUAAGUAUGUUGGAGAAACUAGGACCGUUGAUUAAACCAAUCGCCUUUCACAGUUCGCUUCAAGUUGACAAUAAUGCUAAAAGUCAAUAUAACAUGCCAAAAGAAUUCUCUUCCCUGUUGACCAAUGAAUCUCCUAUGGGACUAGGCUUACAAAUAGCUACACCUUCUAUUGUCUUAAAAGAAUGGAUUAUGCCUUAUUUAAAAAAAUUAAAUCAAGUCGGAUUCAUUAACCAGAAUUCAGAGAGUAUUAUCAAUUGGUGUCUAACCAUUGGUCAAUUCUAUGCUACAAUUGAUAUUAAUUUCAACAAUGCAUUGAACACUGGAAAUAAAUCAUUACAUAACUAUGAAUUCAGUACUCUACUGCCAAUCAUUGUAUCAGAUAAUCAUGGUAAAGAUUGCCUACUUCCAGCAUUAUGUAAUGAAAGUGGAUAUAGACGUGUUGAACCAGUAUUCUUACCUCCAGCAUCAUUUACAAUCGCCACAUCAUCAUCAUCUAUGGUAACCAGUUCUUCUGCUUCUGGACAAAAUCAGAAAAACUUUAUCGAAGAAUUAGAAGUUGAUUUAUUCAAAUUUUUAAUGGAUCAAAUGAAUACAAUCACUGAUUCUUCUUGUUGUAGUUCUGUGUACACUGUAUCAUCGAAGUAUUUUCAUCAUGGUUUUUCAAGUCAUGAUCUUCGACAGGGUUGUCGAUGGUUUAAUUUAUUCUCUGGGGCUGGUGUAUGCACACUGUUAUCAGUGCAUAAAGUUAAAUAUGUUUACCAGCCAUCUGCCACUAAUAUUACUACUAUUGCUACUACAAACAAUGAUGCUAAAUCCUCCAAUUUACCAAAAGAUACAAUCCAUCUGCCUAAAAAUCAUCGUUUACAAAAUGUCAUCAUUGAAGCAUUAAACAAAGAAGGCCUGACACCAUCUGUAAUCAAUGAUUCAUUGAAAAACACCAAUAACAAUAACAACACUAAAAGUACAGCCUGUUGGUUAAUUGAAGAUUAUGUUUCUCCUGGCCUAGAAUUACUCCUGCAUUGUAUUGCUAGAUUACAGGAUAAAAUGAUUGGUAAAGGUAUGGCAGACCGCCUGAGCUGUUUACUACACGAUAAUUGGUCAUCUUAUGAUGAUGUUUGUUCUGCCUACUAUACUCGUAUGCAAAUUGAUUCAUAUUGUCAAACAACUAAUGAAGACUUGGCAUCCAAUCGUUUUCUGACUAAAUCAUCAAAUCUGCCUAACACGAAAGAUACCCUACACUAUUUAUCCUAUUCCUCAUGGUUAUGUAAACUACGCGAAACGGCUUGGUUGCCUGUUGAACAACAACAACAACAGCAGACUAAACCAGACGGUGGCAAAGACAAUGACAACGCAUCAAUUCAACUUUUAAGUCCUACCACAUCAGGUCAGUUAGUUUAUUCACCAGCAGCUUUCUUUCAACUGGAAUCACAAAAUACCAGUUUAUAUCAACUAUUGAAAGAAACUUGUUAUAUUUGGUCACCUGGGGAAUAUAUUCAAAAAACUCCACUGGAUAGUCAAUUUACAAAAGCUAUUGGUCUUAUCGAUCGGCCAGAACGUUCAACAUUUGAAGCUUUAAUGAAAUCUCUGGGUGAAAAGGCUAAAGCUAAUCCCUUCGAUAUGCCUUAUUUAACACCAGAUUUAAUGUUAUUCAUAUAUCGUACUGCUGUACAAUAUUAUCUACGUGAAGAUUACUCUUAUCAUUAUGAUAAUUCUCAGGCAUCUGAUUCAAAUUCUACUGGGAAAUCAUUAAAUCAAUGGCUACGUUAUGUAUUCGCUAAUCCUGACUAUCCGUGUAUAUUAGUUCAAUGUCCAAGAAGCAUUCCACCGAUUAAACCUGUGGGCAGUAAACGUCCACGUAAAGAUCAUGAUGAUAACAAUACUAAUAAUACUAUAAAUCUAGUCUCUGUAAAUAGUAUCAGUGAUUAUGAUUGUCCUAUAUGCUGUAGUAGUAGUUGUAGUGCUACUAAUAUCAAUAUCACAAAAUCAGCAUCAACUGUACCAGGAAAACGAUUGCAUUGGUCAAGAGUUGGUUAUACACCUAUAAUGGAUACGGAUACUGAUGCAGACGGUGAAUCUACACCGAUAUAUCAUCUAGUUGAUAUUGAUAUGGUCUGUUGGCAGUCAGUAGCUAUUGAUCAUAUUCUAAAUUAUAAUGAUGGUGAUGCUGUGGUUGUUGUUAGUGAGAAAGUUCGAGCAACAACAGUUGCCGAUAAUACUGAUAUGGAUGAAGAUGAUGAAGAAGAAGAGGUUAGCGGAUAUGCUGAUGAUCAGUGUAUCCUGAUGUUGCCUUCUACAGGGCUUAGUGAAGAAACAACAGUUUUUCCAGCGAAACCUGUUCAUCGUUCACGUGUAUUUGUCUUAUCGAAAUCUUAUGGUUCAGAGACACGUCAAUUCUUUGUUGAAAAGCUUGGUUUGCCAACCACUUCAACAAUAGAUGAAAUUCUCUCCUUACGUCCUAAUCUACCGAAAAAUGCCAUGAUGAAAAAUCAUAUGAAAUCUAUGCAUGAAUUUAAUAAGCGUUUAAGUCAUUGGUAUGCCUUAUUAGAUUAUUGUUUACGUGAAGAAUAUUUUACAACACAAUGUCGGCUGAAAGAGGAUGAAAAUAAUAAUAAUAAUAAUAAUAGUGGUCAGAAAAAGCCGGAUGAACAACGAAGAAAGCGAACGAAACAACCUCGAAAUCUUUCAGCUAAUACUACUACCAGUAGUAACAUCGAUGUAGAGUUGAAUAAAAGUCCACUCAUGAAACAUAUCAGACAAUUUCCUAUUUUAUUAGAUUCAUUUGGACAAUGGCAUAGACCGUGUGAUGUUGUUACACUGCUGCCUUCUGAAGUGACUACUGACUCACAUACACUUGUUGCUGAUAAAGUCUGUUUAUUCGCUUGGUCGAAACCAAUGUACGCUAAAAUGAUUCAUGAAGAAAUUGUUUCUAAAAAGCUGAAUGAGAAUAGUGCUAAUAAUGAUGAUGGUAGUCGUAAUACUUCAUUUGGAGUUCUAGCGCAAAGUUUGCAGUGUCUACAUUCACGAUAUACAACCGCUAAUCAUCCUACAAGACCUCAUUUAUCAUCAGGAUCAUCAACAUUCAGUACUUCACUUCUAUUGGAUCAGUUUACGUCAUCGUCAUCAUCAUCGACGCUGUCGUCUUCAUUGCAGUCAUCAACAGCAGCAGCAUUAUCAUCAUCAAGACAGUAUCAUAAUGAAGGAACUGCACAUAGUCUACUGCUUGAUUUAUUGGGUUUACCGAUCAUAGAUCAUACUGGUGAUUUAAUUAUUAAACAUCAUGGGGAUAAAAGCUGUAUCAUCACAGAACCACAGUCGGAUUCCUUUAUGAUACCAUGUCGAUCAUUGGAUAUGUUUUUAAAAGGUUUUAUGCGUUUAAUCCUGCUAUGGUGUAAUUCAACACAAUCGUUUUCCAAUAACAGUAAUAAUAAUACUAGUCACUCUUCUAAUAGUAGUAGUACUGCUACUAGACAGUAUAUUUCCAACUCUACAACAGCUACUGCGAUUGAUCAAGAGGCUAUUCGUUCAAUUAUUGAAUCAAAAGAGAUUAACGCAUUUCUGGUUGAUCAUUUACACAUAUCUAUAACCUUUAACACAUCAAAAACCAAUGGGAUAGCCAAUUUCAAUCGCCUACCGUAUAUAUCAAAACGUCUAAUUACCGCUUUGUUAAAUGGCAAGCUAUUUCUUGACAGUACAUUCGGUGCUCAGAUAUUUGCUAAUUUAUCACAAAUCCCACCAGAGAAUAGUAUACAAUUAAUCUACUUAUUAUUUGCUUGUAUGAAUGACCCAAUUCUAUACAAUAAAAAUACUACUAAAAUGUCUAAUAUUAGUAGUAAUGGUAUCACUGAGAAUUCGAUGUUAUCCCAAAUUAUCGAGUUUAUCUGUCCAUAUGGUGGACAGAAUAAAGUGAAUUUAAUACAAUUUAUUCAAGGUUUUAUUAACCUUGCUCUGUCUAUUCAACCUGAUCCAAUUAUAAUGAUAAGCGAAGGUAUCAAUUCAACCUUUUUAAAUCAAUUAGAGAAUUAUCUUGUCUCACAUGGUGUUAAACAAAUGAGAGCAAGACGUGAAUUACGUCUGUUAUGUCCUCCUCAGUCGCUGGUGCCACCAGCACCAGUGCCUCUACAACAACAGGAACCAACUGUAUCUAUGCAUCAGAAUGAAAGUGAUGUAACAAUUGUAAAUACUAACAGCUUGUCAGUUAAUCAAAAUAUAACUGAUCGGCUUACUUCAUUCGAUCAAGCGACUACAAAGUCAUCGAUGUCGUAUACUUCACAGAGUACAAGAUAUGAUACAACUAUUACUGCUCUUCAAGCUGCAGCUGCUCCAUUUCUUCGUCUUUCUAAAGAAACUGUACAAACAAUUGAUAGUACAUCCUCUCCUCUAUCAAAAUACUGGUCACAGGAGAAUACAAACCUUCCAGAAUACUUAAAAACACGUCUACAGCGUAUCCUAUCUAAUCCAACCGACAGGUUGACUAAUAUUGGUCGUCUAGGUGAAAUGUAUAUUUACCAGACACUAUUAGAUUAUAUUCGUCGAGGAGAAAAUCGUCAUCAGACUGGUUUUGAUGAAAUGGCUAGCUGUGAUUUUCCUACCGGUCAUCCACUACUCGGUGUUGGACGAUUGAUUCGAUGUAAUUGGUGUAAUUCGGAGAAUGAAUCAAUGAGACCAUAUGAUCUGGAAGUAGAUGUUCAAGUUGAAUGUGACGCCAAUAAAUGGAACGGAUUAAUGGAGAAUUUAAGAAAUGAACUGGCGUGUAAUAUUGUUCGUGUAAUUCGUAGUCCAUCAUCAUCAUCAUCAUCACAUCAAGAUACUAAGAGUUUGCCGUCGUCGUCAUCGUCACGACCAGGUGUAUUAGCCAUCGGUCCUAUAUUCCUUGAAGUCAAGUCAACAAUGGCACCAAACAGCAGCAAUAGCAAUAAUAAUAACACUACUACUACUACUAACAGUGAAAUUAAUGCCAAUUCGACUACAGAUUUAUUUGAAUUCUCCUUACCUGAAUUGUUGUGUGCCUCUCAACAAAGUUGGCGUUAUCAUUUAUUACGUGUCAUAUGGAAUAAUGAUGAUACUACUGGUUGUUCAAGCAUUACUUCUACACCAAAAGUAAUACAUAUACCAGAUUUAGCAGGUGUACUCAAACAGAAAUCAAUGAAUUUAAGAUUAUGUUUAGCUAUGCUAAGAAGUGAAUGGAUGAGAUGA